AUGGGACGCCUAUGUCUGCUCCUGGUUGUCAGCCUCUCCCUGCUCACCUGCCAGGUUUUGUGCUCCGGAGUGUUUGAGCUGAAGCUGCAGGAGUUUCUUAAUAAAAAGGGGGUAAAUGGGAACGCAAACUGCUGCCCAGGAGGCUCAGCUCAUCCGCAGAGCCAACACCAGCAGUGUGAAUGCAAAACCUUCUUUCGGGUGUGUCUGAAGCACUACCAGGCUAACGUCUCCCCUGAGCCUCCAUGCACCUACGGCGGGGCCGUGACGCCCGUCCUCGGCUCCAACUCCUUCCAGGUGCCGGAGACGAACGCAGACAGCUUCACAAACCCGAUACGCUUUCCCUUUGGCUUCACGUGGCCGGGGACGUUUUCACUGAUCAUUGAAGCCCUGCACACUGACUCCCUGGACGACCUGACAACAGACAACCCAGAGCGUCUGAUCAGCAGAAUCACCACCCAGCGUCACUUAACCGUGGGAGAAGAGUGGUCCAAGGACAUGCAGACGCGCGGCAGGACUGAGCUGCGUUACUCUUACCGUUUCCUGUGUGAUGAGCAUUACUAUGGCGAAGGCUGCUCUGUCUUCUGCCGGCCCCGAGAUGAUGCUUUUGGGCACUUCACCUGCGGCGAGCGUGGGGAGAUCAUCUGCAACUCUGGCUGGAAGGGACUGUACUGCACUGAACCAAUCUGUCUUCCUGGCUGUGAUGAAGAACACGGCUUCUGUGAUAAGCCUGGAGAGUGCAAGUGUCGUGUGGGCUUCAGUGGACGUUACUGUGACGACUGUAUACGUUACCCAGGCUGCCUUCAUGGCACCUGCCAGCAGCCCUGGCAAUGUAACUGCCAAGAGGGAUGGGGUGGGCUCUUCUGCAACCAGGAUCUGAACUACUGUACGCACCACAAGCCCUGUCUCAAUGGAGCCACCUGUACCAACACUGGUCAGGGCAGCUACACAUGCUCAUGUCUGCCUGGGUACACAGGAGCCAGCUGUGAGAUCCAAGUCAACGAGUGCUCUGGAAACCCCUGUCGAAAUGGAGGCAGCUGUACUGAUGACGAUAAUGGCUACAAGUGCACCUGUCCACCUGGUUUUUAUGGCAACAACUGUGAGUUAAGCGCCAAUACCUGUGCAGAUGGGCCUUGCUUCAAUGGGGGACGUUGUGCUGACAACCCUGACGGUGGCUACUUUUGUCAGUGUCCGAUGGGAUAUGCUGGCUUCAACUGUGAAAAGAAAAUUGACCACUGCUCCUCUAACCCCUGUUUGAAUGGUGCAGAAUGUGUAGAUCUGGUGAACUCUUACCUCUGUCAGUGUCCUGAGGGAUUUUUUGGUCCCAACUGUGAGGAUAGUGUUGGCACCUCUGGAUUCUGUCUGUCCUUCCCUUGUCAGAAUGGUGGGACAUGUCAGGAAGGAGUGAACGGCUACUCUUGCACCUGCCCUCCAGGCUAUACUGGUGAAAACUGCAGUACCCCUGUUUCCCGCUGCCAUCACAACCCCUGCCACAAUGGAGCCACCUGCCAUGAGCGCGGCGGUCGUUACGUGUGUGCCUGUGUGCCUGGUUACGGUGGUCACAACUGUCAGUUCCUCUUACCGGAGGUUCCCCUUGGUCAGCCAGUGGCGGACGGACCGGAUCGUAGAUACUCCCCCGAUGGUGGAAUUGGUGAGGAAGAUGAUGGCAACAAUGGAUUCCCCUGGACAGCCGUGUGCGCCGGAGUCUUCCUUGUUCUAGUGAUCCUAAUUGGCUGCUCUGUGCUGGUGGUCUAUGUUCGGGUCAAACUACAGGACCGGCACACCCACCACAGUGACAGUGUCCACAGUGACAGCCACGAGACCAUGAACAACCUUACAACCACCAACAACUGUCUCCGCAGCGAUAAGGAACUUGGCUCUCUGAUGACAACUUCAAUCAAAAACACUAACAAGAAGGCUGAUUACCAUUCAGACCUCGGUGGGUCACUGGGUGGUUUGAGUGGAAUCAGUGGACUUAAUGGAUCAGAGAAGAAUGGCUUUAAGACUCGCUAUCCCAGUGUUGAGUACAACCUGGUCCACGAGCUGCGACCUGAGGAGCUGUCGCUAUGUAAAGAAGAGAGCCAUGAAGAGCCAGAGGUUAGAUGUGAGAUGCUUGAUGACUCUGACUCACAGGACGGAUACAGAAAGAGACAAAACAGUGAUGCAUCAGAAAAGAAACAAGUAGAAGAAUCACCAAGCUGUAGUGAAGCAAAAUAUCAGUCAUCCAGCGAUUUGAACUAUCAUGCAGCAAGUGAUCUUAAAUACCAGUCAACCAGUGACAUCAAAUACCAGUCGACAAGCGAGGUUGACUACCACAAUCCUAAUGACAGCAGGUACCAUUGUACCACGGACACCAAAUACCAGUCUGUCUAUGUCAUGUCAGACCAAAAAGACGAAUGUAUCAUUGCUACAGAGGUAUGAUAUAAUUCCAGACCAGACCACACCGGAUUCAUCUGGUUGAUGGCGGUCCAGUAAAACCAGC